AGAGUUCAUGGCUUCACCCUCCCCCGCCCCGUUUUGGGUUUUCAGGUCCCCUGCAGGGCAUCGUCCUCGUGGCUGGAGCAGCCUGGCUCUGUCCUCAGGCCCUGUCCUGCACAGGGUCAUUGUGGGAAUACUGGGCUCAUGCCCAUCACAGAAGGGACUCCUUUGGGGCCCGGAUGCAAACUAGACCAUCCCAAGGAGGCUGUCACCAUUUUGGUGACACUUUCCAGGGUGGCCUGGUGGUGUCAGGCUCCUGGUCAGGAGGGUGAACUUCCCUCCGCCUCAGCCAUUCACCUUGGACUGAGGAAGGCAAGUGGGGUUGACACAGGGGUGACUUCUAAUGAAUGGGGAGGCUGCAUUUGUUCCUCAGCCUGAGCCUGUCAAGAAGAAUGAGGUCGGAACACUCCGCCUGCGCCUCCCACCCUGCUUGCCUCCUCCAGGCAGCCCGGGGCUGCCGCGGUGCGCAGGUGCCGGGCCCUGCCUCGCCGGCCAUGGUGGAAGGGGGCGCCGUGGGGCGCUGGUGGCGGCGGCGGCUGCGAAGGCGCGGAGCGGCCCCCAUGGGCCUGGCUGGGCUGCAGGAAGAGAACGCAGUUGUUACACAUCACGAAGUCAAAUGCCAGGGGAAACCAUUAGCCGGAAUCUACAGGAAACCAGAAGAGAAAAGAAAUGCUGGGAACGCAGCACGGAGCGCUGUGAAGUCCGAGGAACAGAAGAUGAAAGAUGCCAGGGGAGGUCCCCUGGCACCUUUUCCAAACCAAAAAUCGGAAGCAGCAGAACCUCCAAAAACUCCACCCUCGUCUUGUCAUUCCGCCAAUGCAGCCGUCGCCAAAAAAAGCCCAUCAAGGGCAAACAGGCCCACCCCAAAAAAAAGCUCAAGGAAAAAAACGCAACAGAAUUGCAAACUUAUGGAUUGCUACCCUGUCCGAAGGAGCUCCAGGAAGAGCAACGCUGAACUGCAGUCUGAAGAACGGAAAAGAAUAGAUGAAUUGAUUGAAAGUGGGAAGGAAGAAGGAAUGAAGAUUGACCUCAUCGAUGGCAAAGGCAGGGGUGUGAUUGCCACCAAGCAGUUCUCCCGGGGUGACUUUGUGGUGGAAGACCACGGGGACCUCACUGAGAUCACUGACGCCAAGAAGCGGGAGGCUCUGUGCCCACAGGACCCUUCCACGGGCUGCUACAUGUACUAUUUUCAGUAUCUGAGCAAAGCCUCCUGCUCCCUCUCCUGGCCUGUGCUGACUUGGCCACUCCCUGCCUGUGCAUCCCCGGGGGUGUCUCAGGCUCACCUGCACCCUGUGCUGACUCAGCCACUCCCCACCUGUGCGUCCCCGGCGGUGUGUCAGGCUCACCUGCACCCUGUGCUGAUACGGCCGCUCCCUGCCUGUGCGUCCCCGGGUCAUCUCCUCACCUGCACCCUGAGCAGUGGCUUCCAUGUCGGUGACUGUAUGACAUGA